AUGUUUCACGAACUUUCUAGGCGAGUUUUUUCCCAUAUUGAGAAUAUAUUCGAAGCUGUAGCUGUAACGCUUGGUCCCAAAGGAAGAAAUGUUUUAAUCGAACAACCUUUUGGUAGUCCAAAAAUUACAAAGGAUGGAGUGACUGUUGCUAAAAGUAUAACACUUAAAGAUAAAUUUGAAAAUCUUGGUGCAAGGCUUGUUCAAGAUGUUGCAAAUAAAACUAAUGAAGUUGCAGGUGAUGGAACAACAACUGCAACAGUACUUACCCGUGCAAUUUUUGUUGAAGGUGUUAAAAAUGUAGCUGCUGGAUGUAAUCCCAUGGAUCUUAGGCGUGGAGUUCAAAUGGCUGUUGAUGCUAUUGUUAAAUAUUUAAGAGAAAUUAGUCGUGUUAUUACCACAAGUGAAGAAAUUGCUCAGGCAAGAAACCUUAUAGCUAAUGCUAUGGAAAAAGUUGGUAAAGAUGGAGUUAUCACUGUUAAAGAAGGAAAAACAAUAGAAGAUGAAUUAGAAAUUACAGAGGGAAUGCGAUUUGAUCGUGGAUAUAUUUCUCCAUAUUUUAUCACUGAUGUUAAAUCUCAGAAAAUAGAACUUGAAAAACCAUUGAUUCUUCUAUCAGAGAAAAAGAUUUCUGUUUUACAAGAUAUUUUGCCAGCCUUAGAAACAUCAGCACAACAACGUAGACCACUAUUAAUUAUUGCUGAAGACAUUGAUGGUGAGGCAUUGGCUGCAUGUAUAUUGAACAAACUUCGUGGUAAUCUUCAAGUUGCAGCAGUUAAAGCACCUGGGUUUGGAGAUAAUAGAAAAUCCAUUUUAGGAGAUUUGGCUAUUCUGACUGGUGGCACUGUUUUCUCUGAUGAAUUAGACAUUAAACUUGAACGAGCAACACCUGAUUUAUUUGGAUCAACUGGAUCAGCCACAAUUACCAAAGAAGAUACAAUUUUUCUUAAUGGAGAUGGAACAAAAGAAAGUAUUCAUCAACGUUGUGAACAAAUACGUGCAGCUAUAAAUGAUUCUACAGUGUCUGAAUAUGAAAAGGAAAAAUUACAAGAACGUUUAGCAAAAUUAUCUGGUGGUGUAGCAGUGAUCAAAGUAGGUGGUUCAUCAGAACUUGAAGUUGGAGAGAAAAAGGAUAGAUUUGUUGAUGCAUUGAAUGCAACAAGAGCUGCAGUUGAAGAAGGAAUUGUACCUGGUGGUGGUGUUGCACUUUUGAAAUCAAUAAAAUGCCUUGAUAAUUUAAAAACAAGUAAUUUUGAUCAACAAUUAGGUAUCAAUAUUAUCAAAUCAGCCCUUACAAAACCAGCAAAAACAAUUGUUGACAAUGCAGGUGAAGAAGGUGCAGUAAUUGUUGGUAAACUGUUAGAUGAUCAUGUAAAUGAUUUCAAUUAUGGCUAUGACUCUGCUACUGGAGAAUAUGGAGAUAUGAUUUCUCGUGGUAUUGUUGAUCCUUUAAAAGUUGUCAGGACUGCUCUUGUUGAUGCUUCAGGUGUUGCAAUGACACAAUGUUUUGAUUGA